ACUCCAGGCCACUAGGUGGCGGUAAUUCACCAGGCCGCCGGGAGUGAGCCACUUAAAACAAAAAUCAAAAGAAGUCGAGCAGGAACGGAAAGAAACAGAAAGAAGGAGAAGAAGACAACAUCGGUACCACAAUGCAUAGGAGACUAACAAAGGAGCUUGACGAAAUCCGCAAAUAUGGGGCGAAGCAUUUCCGCAACAUUCAAGUGGAUGAAUCAAAUCUUUUGAACUGGCAAGGGCUCCUUAUUCCUGAUUGUCCUCCAUAUGACAAAGGAGCAUUUCGGAUUGAGCUCAUCUUUCCCGCGGAGUACCCCUUCAAGCCACCCAAGAUCACCUUCAAGACAAAAAUCUACCACCCCAACAUUGAUGAGAAGGGUCAGGUCUGCCUGCCUAUCAUCAGUGUCGAGAACUGGAAGCCAGCCACAAAAACUGAUCAGGUGAUUCACAAUCUCAUCAGUCUGGUGAACAGCCCCCAGCCGGAGCAUCCGCUGAGGGCCGACCUGGCAGAGGAGUACAGUAAAGACCGUGCAAAAUUCAUGAAGAAUGCAGAGGAGUUUACAAAGAAACACAGUGAAAAGCGACCCAUUGAGUGACGACACAACACUGACGCUCACACUGCUGUUGGCCUCUUUUCGGUUUCCUGUUCAAAGAGCCCUGUUCUUACUCCCAAACUACACAGAGAUGCCCUGUUCUCGCAUACCUGCUUGUAUUAGCAAUCCAACCACUCCUUAAUAGAGGCUUGUGUUUCACUUUGGCAAAAAAAAAAAAAAAAAAAAGAUCAGAACCUUUUGGUGGAUAGGCAGGUUCUGGCCUCUAGGUGUCACAUUUUGAUUGUUUUGACUUCUUUCUACUGAUUUCUUUUUUUUUUUUUUAGAUAAAAAUAAAAUUGUCAGAGUUGGCAUUCUGAAAAGUAAAAUAUCAAAAAUAAUUAAAGUGCUGUACUGCUUACUUAAAUGUUGAAUGUUUUUUUCAGAUUAAUGAAUAGCUUAUGCAGACCUGUUUACAGAUUUUUAAGAUUUGUUUUCAAGAGUUAACAUUCACAGCUAACCUAAAGCUGUUGUUUAUAUCUGUUGUCUCCUUUCUUUGUUUUCCUUUUCCCUUAAGAUACACUGUACUUUGUGAAAUCACCUGUUACAGUACAUGAAAAUUAAAGUUUGUUUCUGAUGCAGAAUUC